AUGAGGUGGGUGUCACUGGCGAAAAGGGGAGGGAAGCACCGACCAUGCGACGAUUGUGCUGAUUUUCUGGGUGAUUGGACAAUGCAAACAAGAUCUCCGUCAUCGACUUCUCCUCAUUACCAUCGUCAAAUCAUUACACCAAUCUUCCCUUUGUUAGAGAUUAUUAGCAAAUAUGGAUGGUGGGAACAGGGGCCAAAAUGGAAUCCAACUACUGUUAACAGCAGAGCAAGAAGCUCAACAAAUCGUGAAUGCUGCCCGAAAUGCAAAGUUGGCUAGACUAAAACAAGCCAAAGAAGAGGCGGAGAGGGAGGUGACUGAAUUUCGUGCUCAAAUGGAAGCUGAUUAUCAAAGAAAACUCACUGAGUCAAGUGGAGACUCGGGUGCAAAUGUGAAACGUUUGGAGAAGGAAACAGAUGAAAAGAUUCAACACCUCCAAACAGAAGCCGAUAGGAUUUCACUUGAUGUUGUUGAGAUGCUUCUGAAACAUAUCACCUCCGUAAAAUACUAAUGAAGUAAUGAAAGUUUGCAGUUGCAGUAUGUGUUCUUGAACAAAAAUUCAUUUUUUUUGCGUGUGUAACAUUAAUUGUUUUCAUUAUGGACUGAGAUUUUACAUCUACAACUUGUAUUUGAAACUAUGGUUGCAUACUUUUUAUACACUAUGAUUCCACAAGAUUGAUAGAUCAAUAAACAUUUGUUCCAUUAUGAAUCCACAAGCAAAUAGUCCAAUCGCGAUUAUGACUGGCCUUGUUCUUGAUAUUCCUUUAUCAUCAUCAUCAUCAUCAUCGUCAUCAUCAUGCAUAGCCCAUGCCAUAGCUGGUGGAAGUACUCCAUACAACAUUG